UUAUGAUCUCCAAAAAAAAACUAAGUCUUGGGGUUUAUUGAAAAUGAAGAAAAAAUCAUGGGGUUGUACAAUUAUCACUCAAUUUUCAUUAUGUUUAUCUCUUUUUCUUGUUAUCAAUUUGUGUCAAAAUCAAAAUCAGAAACCAAUUAUUAGAAAUGGAAAUGUGAAUAUACCUAUGGAAUUAUAUUUCAUUAGUGUUACAGGGGGUGUUAGGACUAUUGAAGAACAGACACUUCUUCUCAAACAGGUGGAGAAGGUAGCAAAGAAGCUCAAUGCUAGAUUCGUUAUCAACAUAAGUGAACUCGGGGAAGAUGAUCCGCUUAUGCAAAAUGUUACUCAGCAUUUUCCUUCCGUGAAGAUUCCGUGGUACUCUACUCGAUCUCUCGAAGGACAGGGGGUGGAUCACUACCUUAAACAAUUCAAGUUUGCCCAUGGAAGCUUAGAUAUUAUAGUUGUGGAUACAGGAUUAUAUGAGGCUUCUGCAAAUGGUGCUGGAGAUAGACAGUCACAAUGGCUGAUAGACACACUUGAAAAUAGUGAAAGCAAAUGGUGCAUUGCUGUCGGAUUUCAUCCAUUGGUAGAUUGCGAAGAAGAUACUUCUCAAAUGAAACUAAAACACGAAGUCAAGUCUUUACAUGGCGUAUUUCUGAAAUACGGGGUGGAUGCAUAUAUAAGUGGGCAGGCUUGUGCUGACAAUGUUGAGGAAAGACCUAUUGCAAAUUCCAAAAAUGGAACUGCCAGAUAUAAAGGACCUUUGCUGACUAAAAUGAAUCAGAACUUGCCCUGCUCUAUGGAAAAAGUAAAUGGAUUCCUCCUACACAAAGUCAGUGCUCUAGAGAUUGUAUCCUACUUAGUCACAUUGGAAGGUGAUGUUGUGCAGAAAAUUUUUCUCCAUCAAAGAGGCAAAGAUAUUAUGUAGAUACUCUAAAGCUCCAAAAAUCAUUUAGUCGGAAACAUUUUCUUCCGAUCCCCUUUUCUCGUUCAAGUUAUCGUCGUGGGAAAGAAUGAAGAAGAUUAGAGAUCCAAUCAAAUAUUGGUGAAGAAUCGUCGUUCUCGUCUUUCCAGAAUAAGGGAGGAAAGAGAAUUGGAUUCAAUGUUCGUGCUCAAGUUCGAAUUAACAGAAUAUUCUCCAUUUCGAGUCCACAAUUCUGGUGGUUUAAAUAAAAGGAAAUAGAUUUGGUAUAGGGUGUGUUUGGUCAGCGUGCUUCCAAACCUUUUUGAUUUGCCUUAGUUGAAAUUAUAUACUUUUGCAAUUGUAAAUUGUCAAAUCUUUUAAGGUGUUUCGAGCAUGCUGGUGUUGAUUUUGAAUGUAACUGGAUUUAUAUAAGUUUUAUGCAGUGGGAUCAUUUGGUA